GGGCGACUAACAUAGCAAAGCUGUUGCUAUUUGAAAUCAUAUUUAAGAAUGUAUGAUGAAGUGAGUAAAGUACUCAGUAGUUGUGCAGAAAUAAAAGCUACUACACUAGAGUGGACAUCCACACAAAGUCUUUCAUUCUAUAUCUGAACAGAUGAUAGGAAUGUUUCAACCAAGAUGGGGAGACCUUCCUAUGAUAUUAGACACUGACUCUGGUAUUGCCGCUAUUGAACGAGAACAAAUCACUAAACGUCGACCAGUAGAAGUGGAAGGAGCUACAUUGUAUCAGCCACCACCAUCAGGAGGAGAAGCACUUGCUAAACUGGUACCAGCAGAGCAUUGCUCUAUCGACAGCCUAACCCUACAUACCAUCAAGCUAUUACAAUAUGCAAAGAAACUUCGAUCACUGUUGCACACAUUGCAACAACAGCAAGAUUCCUCAAAAACAACAGACACCGAUAAUGCUCAGACCCAUCCGCCACCACCACCAGUACCUGAGUAUCCAGAAAGCCAGGAUCGACAGCCUGGGGACAUUAGAGGCAAGAACCCAGACAGUGAUUUUGUAAGAGGGAAAGGGAAGCCACCUCCAGAACUCAGUUUUCAUGUCAUAAGACAGAUUCUCAGAAAAGCUGUGGCAGCUGUUUUUGCACAUGUUGGAUUUGACACCACCAGUGAAUUAGUCUUAGAAACUUUGGUGGACAUUGUUCAUGACCACUAUCUCCGUGUUUGUCGUCUGAUGCGGGUUGCAAGGGAUAGAGAAGCACUGACUGGAAAUACUGCAUUUGUGGAUGUUAUUGAGCAAGUAUUUCAUGAGAUUGGGCUUGGAAGUAUGACAGAACUUCACAAUUUUUAUCAACACCGGGUUGUGGCUUACCACAGAGGGAUGAUGAAGACUUGUCAGCAGUUGAUGCAUGACUAUGAGAAACUUAGGAGACCAGAAGUUAAGCCUACAGAAGAUAGUAAAUUGACAAAGAUCAAAGAAGAACCAGUGUCAGAGAUAGAGUUCCCUGUCAUGGAGGAGGUUGAAGAAACCACUACUACUGAAACAGCUGAACCUCCACUACAGUUGGAGGAACUACAAACAAUGGAGCCAGAUCCUAGUUCAUGCCUGAAAGGUGAAGAUAACAUUAAAUGGCCUCCUGGCCAGUCUGGGAAGAAAGAGUCUGUUGAAAUAUCAUCUGUUAACCUGGAUCCAGAGGAUGAAGUUAUUAAUGUCAGUGAUUCCCCAGCAGCUUCCGCAGGAGAACCUGAUGUUUCACAAAGCAUACCUUCAAUUUCAGAUACUAUGUCACCUUCUAUGGACAAUAUCCGUGUUGGAAAGCCACCACCGAAAAAAAAGGUUCUUGUCGUUUCGGACACGAUGCUGCUGACGGGAUCAGAUUUUUUUACCACUGCAUGAUCGAUUUCGGCCAUAUUACACAAACGUAUAGUUGUCACCCACAACAGCAAUCUUUAAGCCGGAGUUUAAAAGAUAGCACCAAGCUCAGUUUCAAGCAUCGGAUCGGUAAUCACGGUGACGGCUGAUGGUGAGUUUCGAAUUAUAGCCAACCCUGCGGGAUUGCGAUUUUUAUAGAGUAGCCAUCCCUGAAGAUGCCUAUAAAAGAGUGGCAAGAAUCGUGCAAGCAGGAGAUGACGAUUCUAGGUAAAGUGAAGCAGAAAUUUUGUAGCUAUAUAUUUUAUUUAAAUAAUAUUUAGUUUCAGAUAAAGUAUGCAGCAACGACCAGAGUCGUCACUGUGGAAGUGGGUCGUAGAAAUGUCACGACCCAAACUCCAUCAGAAAUGGAUGGGGGGGAGGGUGUUAGUAUCCUCAAUUCAUAAGUGUUAAUUAACACAUUUUCGACUUUUUAGAAUGUGCAGAAUGUCACUGUAAAAGGAA